AUGGCCAGUCCUUCUCAAGACAACCAAGAGUGCCUCCAGAAACAUUUCUCCAGGCCAUCUAUGUGGAAGCAAUUUCUGCCCCUACCCAGGGCUGAAGGAUAUAAAGCAAACAUUCAUCAAACCAUGGAAAAUGAAGGCAUCACCAAAGCUGUGCAUGAUGUCAAGCUCCCAGACUCGCCCGCUGCCCUGAAGCUGCUCAGCCUCCUUUCUAGCACGCUCUCUGGCCUCGCGCGAUUCUUCUCUCACCUUCUCCGGCGACCCCCUUCAGGGGCUCCCCGGCGGCGCCCGGACUUGUCCCUCCUGCUUCCCGCUCGCUCCCUGCCAGCGGCUGGGCUCUCGCGGGGGCACGGGGAGCGGCCAGGCCGUCUCCAGCUCCUGCUGGGGGCAGCCCUGGCACUGCCCAGCCGACCCCCAGGGGAACGCCUUCCCAGGGAAGAGGACGCCUGCGCUGGGCAGAGCUCGCCCAUGCCCCCCAUGAGAUCUGAGCAGACGGAGAUGCGGAAACGGCAGAUGCCUGCAGCCCAGGAGACCACGAGCUCCACGCCAGGCCAGCCCGGGGCGGGGGACCGCGGGUCCAACACCUGCUGCUUCUGCUGGUGCUGCUGCUGCAGCUGUUCCUGUCUUACUGUUAGAAACCAAGAAGAACAGAGACCCAGGAGGCCCUCGCAUGAACUCAGACGAGAAGACCUUCCAACCUGUGAAGAAAGCCCAAGUCCCACUCUGGAGGAGGUCAACGCCUGGGCUCAGUCCUUCGACAAGGUAAUGCUCACUCCAGCGGGAAGGAAUGCUUUCCGGGAAUUCCUCCGGACAGAAUUCAGUGAAGAAAAUAUGCUUUUCUGGAUGGCAUGUGAGGAACUGAAAAAAGAAGCUAAUAAAACCAUCAUUGAAGAGAAAGCAAGGAUAAUCUAUGAAGACUACAUUUCUAUUCUUUCUCCUAAAGAGGUCAGCUUGGACUCCCGAGUAAGAGAAGUCAUCAACAGGAACAUGGUGGAGCCAUCCCAACACAUAUUUGAUGAUGCACAACUCCAGAUCUAUACCUUAAUGCACAGAGACUCCUAUCCCCGGUUCAUGAACUCUGCCCUCUAUAAAGAUCUGCUUCAGUCCUUAGCUGAGAAAUCGGUUGAAGCAUAGGAUGUCAUCAAAUAUAUUUAUUAUUAAUAAAAUAAUAAAAGAACUGCUGGACUACAUCUAGUACAGGGAACUUAGCGGUAGUAGUACCUUCUGCUAGAGUAAUACUUGGGCUGUUUUAAUAAACAGAUGCUUGCUUUUACAGA